AGAGAGGGGGAAAAGUGUGUGAGAGAAAGCGAGAGAGAGAGAGAGGAUCGGCGUGUGCGAUGGUGUUGGCAAUGUCGGGCUUUACGCAGUCAACAUUUGAGUCUCCUCUCUUUGCGAGAUAAAUAAAAGUCGAUGGCAAGUUGUUUCGGACAACGGCAAGAACAGUUACUCUUUUAUUGAGCAAAAACAAAAACCAACAAGCACAAUAAACCACAUUUAAUACUCAAAGAAAGGACCCCCCCCCAUACCCCCUUCCCCACAGUCUGCUUUUAAGAUGAGUUCACGGAGAUUCAGAAUGUCACACAGCAGCAAGGUUGACCUUUUCUUGGCCGACACUUUAGCUACCGUUUCUUUCACCGGAGGUCUCAUAAUAUUCUUGAUCUCAAUAAGUACAUCAUCCUGGGUUGUUUUGGACGGAGGAGCUUACAUUGGCGUCUGGAACCUAUGUUUGGUUGUCAAAGGAAGCGAUGAAAUGGAUUGUUCAUCUUACCAUAAUAAUCCAGAUUUUGCUCGAGCUUCCCAAGGUUUCUUUGUGGUGGCUCUCGUCUGUCAGCUGGCCUGUCUGAUAACCCUCAUCUGCUACACAGCCAUUUCUCAUGCUAACAAAAUCAUCACAGUCAUUUGUCUCUGCCUCAUUGCAUUCUCUGCUGGUUGCUUAACACUCAUGGGAACAAUUGUGAUGGCAGUGAAAGGAAAAGAUUACCUUUACGCCAUGAAAACUCAUAAUUACCGAACAAUAAACAAUUUUCCAUCUUUGACAAACGUUGACCUCACCGGACAAUUAACGGUCGGCUGGUCCUUGGCCCUGGCCAUAGUCUCUGGGUGCUUCACCCUGAUAGGCUUUGGAAUUUGGUUCACGGAAUAUCAAGUCUUAAAAACUGCUGAAGAAAACAACAACACAAGAUGAGGAUGGAUAAAACAAAAAAAGAAGAAAACUGGAUAAAAAAUAAAAACAAUUGGACAAAAAAAAUAUUGAAAAAAAAAAGAAAACAAAUGUUUGUUUUGAGAAUCUCAGAACAAGAAUUGAUGAUGUGUAUGGAACUUUUGGCGUCAAAAGAUAUAUUUUUAUUUA